UUUAUCAGGGUAAAACGUCUGUUUGGCAAUGGGAGCAAACUCAAUUAAGGAACACAACACCAAUGUUUUGAAGAGCCUCAAAAAAGGAGAUUUAGUGGAGGUCAAAAGGAGUGUUUUAUACUCACACUGGGCGGUGUAUGCAGGUGAGGAAAUGGUCAUUCACUUGACUGGUGAUGACAAUAGUGGAUCUUCUGCAUUUAGCACUCCUGGCAGUGUGUUUACCAUCUGUGGUAAAACAUUUGACAAGGCUCGUGUCAAACUCGAAGAGUUUUGGGAAGUUGUAGAUGGCUGCAAAUGCGUCAAAAAUAAUUCCAAAGAUAAGAAAUUGAGUCCUCACAAAGCUCAAGAGAUUGUACAAAAAGGCCUUGAAAUGCUCGGUAAUAUUGACUACAAUGUUUUAUGGAGUAACUGUGAACAUUUUGCAUCGUUCUGUAGAUAUGGAAAGUAUAAAAGUGACCAGGCAGAUUUUGCAAUAUUGUCAGGCAUACUAACACUUGUAUCGAGUGUUUUAUCGUUUGCUGCGAGUGUCGGUGUUGUACUUGUGCGAAGACAAAACAGAUAGACUCUUUGUGAUGUGGCAUUGUUUUAACAAUAUAAAAUCUACGUCGAGCCUUAUUGUCUGUAAGCUCAACUCAACUCUCAUCGUCAACUGGACUGUCCAGCUUUUAUAUCAUAUGUCAAAAAAACAUUUCACCAUAAUGAAUAUACAUGAACGUACUUAUAGUAGUUAUAAAUAGAUAAUGUAAUAAAUCAUCUUGACAUAUAAACCAGCCAAUGUGCAUUUUUAAUUUUUUAUUUAUAUACUCUCAUAUUGU